GCGAACCAGUGCCGCGAAAUCUUCCGGGCGAGGAAGGCAAGCGAUCGGGAAUCCGGGAAUCGGCUCCGGUGGGCCGAGAGAGGGCGAGCGUCGCGGCGCAGGGCGCCUAUAUCGACCGACGAUGGACGCGGGGAGCGGCGCAGCCGCGGACGCGACGCGCCCCGCCGGCACCUCCAUCCGCGACGUCGUCCGGCUCUGGAUCGACGCCCUGAGGAUCCACGACGCGGAGCCCGUCCCGCGGACUGCCAUGGGGAACCUCCAGAGCGAGGGCAAGAAGAAAGCCAGGAAGUCGAGAGGCUCCGCCGGGACCGAGCCGGAGCCGGCGAGCGCCUCCUUCGAGCGAGUCCACCCUCCGACCAAGAGACCGGCCCCGAAGCCGCCGGGGCCGCCGGGGCCCCACUCGCGCCAGGUGACGACGGCGGAGCCUCUUCCUCUCCUCGUGACCGACUCGUGGCGGCGGGCCAACCGGCCCGCGCCCGGGACCCCGACGCCGCCCAGCCAGCAGUCGUCCAGCGACAGCGUCUUCACGGAUCCGGAGGACGCGAUGCUCGUCGCCGCGGACUCGGCUCCCGCGGCCCUGAAUCUGCCCCGGGACUCCAAGCCCGAGUGGUCCCCUCGAGUACAGGGGCAGUUCACCGUCUCCAAGCACAAGAGGAUCGAGCUGUCCCCGGCCUCGCCUCGACUCGGAGUCCCGACGACCCCGACGUCGGCGAGGAGGUUCAGCGCGUACGAGUCGAGUCCCGAUGGCGGCACCGUGCUCAGGAGGGUGGCCAGCCUCACUCUGGACCGGGCGACCUUGGAAGCCAGAUCCCACGCCAGACCCAGGACCGUGCCCAGAAAACUGGACUUCAAGAUGUACGACAAGUUCGAAGGACAACAUUUGCUGAAUUGGCUGACGAGCGACGUGGCCGAUCACCUCAAGGGACCCUUGUCGGAACUCGAGGGCAAGAAACUCGUGGCAUCGUUUUGCGAACGAUUGGUGACCGCUGGGGUCUUGAAACCGCUUCCGGAAAAGGGAUCCGCAAGGAACGCCGACUUUACGUCGGAGCAGAUGUACUCCUGGGCGCACCAGGAAACUCCUUCGCCCCUCGAGGAAGUCCGGGAGAAAUCGACUUCCGAAAAGUCGGCCUGGGAGUCCGCGAGGCGUCUUAGGGAGGAGCUCGAAAGUUUGCGCUCCGAGGUCGAGAGACUUCGCAAACUCGUCAAGGAAUCCCAGACGCGCUGCGAGGGCAGGUCCACGCAGACUUCGCCGACUUUGUUGUCCCCUGUUCGAGCUGCCAAAGCGAGUUCACCCAAGAGCAGGACCCACGAAGGCAUCAAGACUCCUGACAAAAGUUGCGAAAGCGGUAGGUUUACCGCCACCUCCGUGGACCUCUCACCGAUCCUCUCGGAAAAGACGUUCUCGUUUUUAUUCGAGGAUUCAAAAAACGACGCUGCCAUGGUGUCCGAUUUGUCCUCGUUAGACGAACGGCAUCGGUCGAGAGACCCUCGCGAUACGUCGAACGUUUCGAAACGAGCCGGUGGGGUGGUCGGCAGGACCGAUGACGAACCUGAUGAAAAAGAAUCGCCAGCGGAUAACGAAGUCCAAGAUUCUUUGGGAUCGGCGAGGAAGACGUCCGACGAUACCGAAGGGCCCUUGGGACAGGUGGUGGCAAGAGGGUCUCCGUCGAGUGGAAGGAGUCGGACGUUAGAAGGAGAAUCAUCGGCACCGCCGCCCAUGCCGGAAGGUCCAGUAUCUGGUUUACCUCCACAAUUUGAUGGACCACCCGCCCCACCGCCUCCUCCUCCUCCUCCUCUUCCUCCAUUACCUCUGGAAUACUCGGUUCCCCCGCCUCCACCUCCACCUCCACCUCCACCUCCACCUCCACCUCCACCUCCGCCGCCCCCGCUUCCAGGAGCUGGAUUUCCUCCGCCACCUCCUCCUCCUCCUCCUCCAUUUCCUAGCACAGGAAUUCCUCCGCCGCCUCCGCCACCUCCGCAACCUCCUCCUUGUCCUGGAGCUGGAAUUCCUCCGCCACCGCCUCCACUUCCAGGGGUUGGGAUCCCUGCGCCACCUCCACCACCCGGUACGGGAUUUCCGCCACCGCCUCCUCCACCUGGAGGAAUUCCUCCACCACCUCCUUUUCUGGGAGGGUCGGGACCACCGCCUCCACCUCCAAUGGGUGGUCCAGCCUCGCUGCCACCUCCGCCAGUCGGUGGGUGGAAUCCACCUAGUCGAGCCGGAAUGAGGAAACAACCUCUGAAUCCCGAUGUCCCCAUGAAGCCACUGUACUGGACAAGAAUUCUGGUCCCAGCAACCGCGGUCCCGGUUACCACCGUCGAAAGUCCCGAUUCCCCUCCAGAAGUUCCCCUGUGGAUGGAAAUAGAAGAGGAACGGGAGGUCAACAUGAAGGAGUUCGCCGAGCUGUUUUCGCGACAAGUGGCCGAGCGGAAGCCGACCAAGAAGACGAACGAGGCCGUCUGCUCCUCCAAGGUAGAACCGGUGAAAAUCCUAGACUCGAAGAGGUCUAAGACGGUCGGCAUCUUGGAGAAGAGUCUACACGUUGACUUCAACGAGGUGGAAAACGCAAUUUACACUCUGGAUACCAGCGUGGUCAGCUUGGAGGCCUUGCAACAGAUUUACGAGAUCAGACCGACUCCCAAGGAACUGGAAGAGAUCGCCAACCACGAGCGGACGCAUCCGGACGUCCCCCUGGAUCGUCCGGAAAUGUUCCUGAAAAGGCUCUCCGGCAUCGAGCACUUCUCCGAGAGGCUUACCUGCUUGAUGUUCCAACCCGAGUUCCAGGACGCCGUCUCGACGGUCUCCACCAAACUGACUAACCUGCGCGUAACCUGCGAUUACCUGAAAAAUUCGAGUUCCCUGAAAAGGGUGAUGGCGACUAUCCUGACUCUGGGAAAUUACAUGAACGGUGGGAACCGGAUGAGAGGUCAGGCCGAUGGCUUCGGCCUAGAAAUACUCGGCAAGUUGAAAGAUGUCAAGUCGAAAGUUCCGGGGAUUACGUUGUUGCACUACGUGGUAAGGGCGAGAUUAGCGCAAGAGAAGGACUGCAGUUUUGAUGAACCGUUACCGUUACCGGUUCCAGAGCCAGCCGACGUAGAGGCGGCUUCUACUAUCAGUUUUGAGGACAUUACCAAGGAGCUCGACAGGCUCGAGAGAGAACUCGAGGCUUGCAAAGUCAAGAGCAAAAUCGUCGAGGCAUCGGAGACCGAAUCCGGGGGACCCUUCGCCGAGAAGAUGAGCGCCUUUUUGACCGGAGCCGUGACGGAACUGGCAAACGAGAAAGAGGGUCUUCGAGAAGCUAAGCUCAAGUUCAAGGCCGUCAUGCAAUUUUAUCAAUACAUCCCGAAAGGUGCUACCCUUGAGACGGCGGAUCCGCAUGAUUUUUUCGCACUUUGGAUCAGCUUUUGUCAAGACUUCAAGGACAUUUGGAAAAAGGAGCAGCAACGCCUGAGGAAAGAACGCCUUGAGGAAACGCGGAAGAAAUAUGGAUCAAGAAGACACAUUGAGAAGCCAUUAAAAAAGAGCGAAGGUGGCUUGAAAGCUCGACUGCAAAAGCUCGCUGGAAAGCGGUAAAAUUUUGAAAACUGGUGCCAGCAUCGAAAAGGCAAGAUUCGAAGUUCAGUUUUUUUUUUACCCGAGAUUGCCACGGUUUGAAAAUCUUCAUAUCAUGGAUAACAGCGUGACAUCGUUAAGUACAGGGCAGAAGCACCCACCCUAGCCCAAUGUACGUACUUCGGGUCUAGCGAUAAUAAUCUUGUGAAAAAAAUUAAUUUCGAAUCUUAACGUCGCAAUAAUUUUGUCAGCCUUCGUGUCUAUGAGGCUUUAGCUUAUGCACGUUGUCAUAUUAGGUGCAGCCUACUCGUGUUUCUUCGGCGAUAACUUAUACAUGAAAAUUGUAAAUACAUAUUUAUUGAACGAUUAACAUUAAACGAAAAUAAGAUUUUUUGACCACCUUCGCAUAAAAAUUGCUCGGAAUUCGCGUAGAUUUUCUUACCAUGAUCAAAAAGCAGGACACGCGGUAAUAAGAAAUACGAUGAAAGUAGCGAUACCGAAUCGUUUACUAUGACGGGUCAUAAAAUAUAAAAUAACCCGUAAGUAGAUAAUCUUACUUCUUCGAUCUUGCACACCUUAAUUCUAAAUGCCGUAAAAAAUUGAUUAUAAUCUUUUCUUAAUACGAGUUAUUCCACGGUACAUCUAUACCCAUGUAUCCGCGCAAUCUUAAAAGAAUAAUGAUUUAUCACAGAAGGGUUAGGGUAAACGCUCCGUUUGUCCGUUCCAAUAGCAACAAUGAUUCGAUGAUGCCGAAAUAUCCGCACAUGGCAUAUACGAAAUACCCCUAAACUACUACUAUUUUAUUUAAUAAAAUGGUCAACCGUGCCCUCA